GAUGUAUUUAAGACGUGGUCCUGCUCGUCCUCCUCAUCAUCGCUGUAACCUUCUCUCUCUGCACCGGACCAACAGGCCAGCACUCGUCCUUCUGUCAGAAUGUCCAAAUCAGAGAACCCUUCCACCCUGGAGAACGCCAUGCAGCUCAUGAUCCAGACCUUUCAUAAGUACUCUGGAGACGAGGGGGACAAAUAUACACUGAGCAGGAGUGAGCUCAAGGAGAUGCUCACCACAGAGCUUGCCACCUACCUGGGGAAUGCCCAGGAUAAGGAGGCAGUGGAUAAAAUUAUGGGCGAUCUGGAUUCCAACAACGACGGCGAGGUAGAUUUCACCGAGUUCAUCAUCCUGAUCGGAGCUCUUACCGUAGCGUGCAAUGACUACUUCCAAGAGUACAAUGACAAACAGGAGAAGAAGAAGUGAACGCCCUCAGCACAAAGACGGCCACUCUGCAAACCCAGAAGGUCCACGGACGUCCUGUCAUGGACUUUAUAUACACACACCCAUAUGUAUAUGUAUAUAUAUAUAUGUAUACACACACAGCUAAUAGUCGCUCAAGAAUUUCAUGUUGAGUGUUUGUCCAUUAAAAACUGUAUUUAUUAUCUGGAGAUUUCACGUUAGUUCCGACAACUGUUGAAUUUGUCAAUGUAGCUCUCCUUUUUUCUUUUUUUUUGUUCUCUUUGUGUAUUUUAUAUCACAAACCAUGGACCCCCCCCCCC